ACGCAAGUCACAUGAUUUGUAAAUGGCAACUUCCACAAAGCAUUCUCGGACACUGGCUGGUGAUACUCUCCGAUAGAAGAUCUAUGAAAACAGAUUUACAUACCAAUCUUUGACAUAAUUGAAGAGUGAGGCUAAAGAGCUGUCCACCAUCAAAAUGGAGCCAGACAAGCCGGUGUGUCGAGAAACCACGCCCCUGCUGUUGGAUUCUCGGAAGGAGAACGUGAAGCUGGCCGGCAAUGUUUCAGCAGCUCCUCCAUCCCCUAUCAUCAGCAGGACGCCAUCGAACGACCCAUCACUGCCUGUCAUUCAAGUUGAAGUCGAGAGUCAAGCCUAUCAAGUGCAGUCUCAAAUCCCAGUCCAGGACAGUCGGGCCAUGAUGGAAAAUGCUACCAGCAACCUGCAGAGUCUCAUGCAUCUACUCAAGGGAAACAUUGGUACAGGGAUCCUAGCCAUGCCCAUCGCUGUGAAGAAUGCAGGAUUGUGGACAGGGACCAUUGGGCUCCUGCUGAUCGGGGUAGUAGCCGUCCAUUGUAUGCAUCUACUGGUCAAGUGCAGCCAUCUCCUGUGUCGCAGGACAUCAAGUAUAGCGUUAGAUUAUGCAGAUGUCGCUGAGGUUUCACUUAAAACAGGACCACAACCACUUCGUAGGUUUGCCAAAGCUGCAAGGUACCUUGUCAAUACCAUGCUGAUGCUGACCCAGUUCGGCUUCUGCUCGGUGUACAUUGUCUUCGUUGCCACGACAGUACAACAGGUCAUUCACCAUUUUCAUCCUGACGAUCCCGUCAUCCGAGUGUACAUGGUGAUCGUCAUGAUCCUGUUAGUCCCCUACACAUUCGUGAAGAAUCUCCGAGCCCUCGCUCCCUUCUCCGCCUUCGCCAACCUCCUCACCAUCACCGGCCUCGGUAUCAUCUUCGUCUACAUUGUCCAGGGCCUGCCUAGUGUGAAUUCCAGGCCGGCAUUCUCCUCCUUUGCGCAGCUUCCCCUCUACUUCCGCACAGCAAUAUUUGCCUAUGAGGGGAUUAGUUUGGUGCUCCCUCUAGAGAACAAGAUGAGGAACCCCCAGGACUUUGCAGGGUGGACCGGAGUGCUCAACCUGGGUAUGGUGAUUGUGACCUGUCUCUACACAGCCGUCGGUUUCUAUGGCUACCUCAAAUACGGAGACGAUGCUAAGGGAAGCAUAACACUGAACCUGCCAACAGAUAACUGGCUGUACUUGUCAGUGAAGCUUAUGUUUGCUAUAUCCAUCUUCAUAUCCUACGGUGUCCAGUUCUAUGUGCCCAUGAAGAUCAUAUGGCCAGUCAUUGAGAGCCGCCUUGUGUCCCGGAGACUGAUUGUCUACGGCGAAUAUCUGCUGAGAAUAGUUCUAGUGCUCAUCACAUUUGGAUUCGCAAUACUCAUUCCUCAUCUGGACCUUCUCAUCUCGCUCAUCGGGGCAUUUGCCAGCUGCUCUCUUGCUUUGAUUUUCCCAGCUGCCAUUGAACUCGUCACUUAUGCAUCAGAGGAUGGGUCCAUAUCUAAGAUAAUGUUUGUUAAGAACUUUCUCAUCAUGCUUUUUGGUGUAAUAGGCUUUGCAACAGGAACAUAUAGUUCUUUAAAGGAAAUCAUUGCAACAUUUUGAUGUUGGUGUCUCUGUGUGUUAGUUUAUGUAUGUGAUUUCAGAGGAGAAUGUUCUUUCAUCAGAUGAUGUGAAUAUUUGUACUUUUGUAAUAAUCUGUCUGGCUUCAUUGCAAAGCAUUGUACAAAUGGCAACCCUUCCAUACAGAAACAGGUUGACUGAUGGACAUGUUUUGUAGAUGAGUUGAUGAUCUUAUCUGUAACCUUGUGGGUUUUUUGGCAUAACUAAGUCAGUUUUAUAUAUGACUGUGUCACAGUGUGGACAUUAUUGAUACAUCUUGAUACAUAUUGAUACAUUGGUAGGUUAAUUAGCAUUUGUAUUGAGCCGUUUUCCUGGGGGUUGUUUUAUAAGUGGGGUUGCUUUAUGUACAGCAAUUUACACUAGUAAUGAAGUUUAGAUCAUGUUCAAUUUUCCAUUUUUAAUCUUAUUUGUGAGAAAUUAAUUAUUGCCUGUAUUUGAUCUUUUCAAUGUGACAGUAUUGAAAGCUAAAAUUUCUUGUGGCCAUUUCUUGAAGGUUUUGUUUUAAAAUGUUCAGAAAUUCUGUGUAUAUGUAGUUAGUUGUGGCAAAUAGCUUUUUCGAAAAAUUAUUUUCAUUACUGCAUUUUAAAAUUUACUUUUGUUGAGAACCUCUUUUACAUUUUUAAUUGCUGAGUGCAUAUGCAGAGUGAGUGAGUGAGUAUGGUUUUGCGCCGUUUUUAGCAAUAUUCCAGCAUUAUCAUGACUGGGGACGCCACAAUUAGGCUUUACACAUUGUACCCAUACAAUGAAACAUAUGCAGAAGUGUUGCAAUGCCAUUAUAAGUUGUUCACUGAGCAUGGUUGAUGUACCCUCUGCUUGUUGAUGUUCCUUGUUAUGUUUGUUUAUGUACAUGAAGGGUACAUCAACCCAUGG